CAAAUCCAGGCCGCUCUGAUAUAGAAAGUUUCAUCCAUUUUGCAGUUCUAAUCUUGCAUCCAUGGCUUCCUCUUCUUCGUCUCUCCAUAUGUUUGGCGAACACGAACACCAACAGGGAAGAUGGACUGCAUCUUCGAAACAAUAUGAUGCAUUCAUUAGCUGCCGAGGCCCUGACGUCACAGAAACCCUUGCUAAACAACUGUAUGAGCUUCUUCAGGCUAGAGGGUGCCGUGUAUUUCUAGAAUGUGAAGAGAAAGAAUGGGGGGCUUCUAUUCCUUUUGCCAUUCGCGAUGGCAUUUGCUCAUCCGCUGUGCACAUACCCAUUUUUUCCAAAGCAUAUGCAGAGUCGUCAUGGUGUUUAGAGGAGCUUGUUCUAAUGUUAGAACAAUUUGACGCCCUGUUUAUUCCCGUGUUUUACGAUGCGGAACCGUGGGAGCUUCGCCGCAUCGAGAACAAGGAUUCAGCGUAUGCUGCGGCAUUUUCUGGUUAUGAAAGUAGAGGAUGGAAGCUUGAUAAGCUGGAGGAAUGGAAAACAGCCCUCGUGUCUGCUUCGGAAUUCUCUGGAUAUGAAUAUAGCCAGAAUAAAGACAAUUUGUGUGAAAAGAUUGUGUCUCGUGUCCUGCAAGAAAUUGAAAGGAGGAUCACCCCAUUACAAUUUGCAAAUUAUCCGAUUGGACUCGAUAAAAUGGUCGAAGAUUUUGAAAGAUCUUGUUUAGAGACACCAAAUACUGAGGUCAAGAUGGUAGGGAUUUUUGGAAUGGGGGGGUCUGGCAAGACCACCCUGGCAAAAGAAUUAUUUAGCAGGAAGCGUUCAAGCUACAGCAGCGCAAGUUUUCUCUUUAAUGUGAGAGAAUCACAUGCCAGAAGUGAUUUGCGUUCCUUGCAAAGUAAGCUCUUAAAAGAUCUCUUUCACGAUGAUAGGCAACCGGAGCAUCGUUUGGGAAGGGCAACACAUCAACACUCUCUUAUUGUCCUCGAUGAUAUCGAUGAUCGGGACCAAUUAGAUGCCCUGUUGCCUGAAGGUAUGCUAGGCCCUGGUAGCCUUGUAAUUGUUACAACUCGUGACCUCGGUGUGUUAACGGCUGCAGAUGUCACUACAAGUUACAUGAUGAAGCCAAUGGAUCCGCUUACUGCUGAAGAGCUCUUCUGUAGACAUGCUUUCCACGGAGGGGAUCAAACCCCUGAAUAUAAAAAAUUGGUUGAAAGCUUCGUUGAUGUCUGUGGAGGUUUACCCCUCUCACUUCAAGUUUUGGGCUGCCAUGUACGUGAUAGGAAUGGGGUUUAUUGGAAGUUACAAUUGGAAAAGGCUAAGAAAAUCCCGCCGAACGACAUAAUGCAAAAGCUUAGAAUCAGCUUUGAUUCUCUGGAUGAAAAGGAGAAAGAGAUAUUUAUAGAUAUUGCCUGUUUCUUUUUUGACAAACCAAAAUAUGUGGCUAUGGAAAUAUGGAUGGCGUCCCAGUGGAGUACAGCUGAACGCUCAGUUCAAACUCUGGUAGAUAAGUGCCUUGUUGAAGUAGAGCAUUCGGCAAAAGGAGACUUUUUUAUAAUGCAUGAUCAACUCCGCGACUUGGGAAGACAUCUGGCCGAUACAGUGGGUUCUCCUCGGCUGUGGCAGCCUCAGCUUCUUAGACCUUUGGAAGUGAAGAGUUCGAGUGCACUGCCAAAAUUAUAUGAUGGGGAGGAGAUACAGGAAGUGAAGAGUUCAAGUGCACUGUCAAAAUUAUAUGAUGGGAAGAAGGUAAAAAAGAGGAAAGCUCUUUACGAGGUUGCAAGUAAUGAGGUGGGACUUGAUGAUCUUGUAGAAGAUUUUGAAAGGCACUGCCAGCAAAUGGCUGACAAGGUGAAGGGGUUGAAGAACAACAUAAUUGGCAUAUUCGGAGUAGGAGGGUCUGGCAAGACCACUGUUGCAAAACAAAUUUUCAGCCGCAAGCGUUCUUUAUACAGUAAAUCGAGUUUCUUGUUCGAUGUACGGGAAGCAUCUGCAAAAGAUGAUUUGACUUCUUUACAGACUAAGCUCUUGAAUGAUCUGCUCUCUGAAAAUCAGCCCAAAUUUUCCAGUACCAAUGAAGGCAUCAGCUAUAUCGAGAGUGUUCUGGAAAGAAGCCCCAUUUUCAGUUUCCUUACAGUUAUAGAUGAUGUUGGUGACAUCAGCCAAUUAUAUGCUUUAUUGCCCAAACAGACUCUCACUUCAAAUAGUCUGGUCAUUGUCACUACCCGGAAAGAGAGCGUUCUGAUAGAGGCUAAGAUAAAAGUUCGUUAUGAAAUUAAAGAAAUGGAUCAAAAGCAUGGCCGGCAGCUCUUCUGUUGGCACGCAUUCCGUAGACCAGAACCUCAAAGGGGAUACGAAUAUUUAGUUGAAUGCUUUGUGAAGGUGUGUAAAGGUUCACCGGUGUCUCUUCGAGUAUUAGGCGGGCACGUUUUUGGUCGGAGCAAGAAGUUUUGGAAGUUAGAAUUGGGUAAAGUUAGGAGAAGGUUGUCCGGUAAAAUUAAAGAUGUACUCAAAAUAAGCUACGAUUCACUGGUUGAGGUGGAAAAACAAAUUUUUAUUGAUAUAGCAUGCUUUUUUACAGAGAAAGAUCAAAGUAUAGGCAUAAGAAUAUGGAAGGCUUCUGGGUGGAAUGCCGAAGAUGCACUUCGGAUACUGAGAAAUAAACGUCUUGUUGAAGUGGUGAGAGAAGAGUGCUGGAAUGAAAUCAAUAAUGGAGUGUCACCUACUUUUGUUUUCAGAAUGGAUAAUCACCUCCGACACUUGGGAAGAGCAAUGGCAAAUGAUGGACAGAAUCAACGGGUCUGGAAUCCCCAAGAUCUUAAACACUUGGAAACAAAGUCAUUCUCAGACAUCCUUAAAGAAGCCGAUGGACGAUGCUAUAGAUCUUUUAAUUCCAUUCGGAACAAGUCAAUUACAUAUUUUGUAGAGAAUUCAAGGACAAAUUCAGGGACAUCACCUACUUUACGAUGGCUUCAGCUUAAUGGAAAGGAUAGCAUUCCUUCAUGGGUUCCUCUGCAAGAUUUGGAGGGUUUAAGGGUUCGAGGAAGAUUAUCCCUGAGUUUGUGGCACCAGCCCCAGGUCCCUUCUCAGUUAAAAGAGCUCGUUUGCAAGUUUAUCGACUGCCAUUAUAUGGAAAAAGCUAUGCUUCGGAGAAAUUGGGAAGGAUUUUCGAAGUCAUUAGGAAUGUUAAAUCUGCUGGAAAGUCUGGUCCUACAGAUAGAGUCGCAAGGAAACAGGAAGGAUAUUGUAAUUGAAUGGAGUUCCUUUGAAGAAUCUGUAGGAAGACUUAACUGUCUUAGAACUUUGGGUUUGUUGGGUUUGUAUAUAAAUGGGGAAAUAGUUUUAAGCACUAGCAGGAUAACUGAUUUAUGGCUUGGCCUUGAAGCCAUAACUCUGUCUCACGUAGGGCUCACAUCCAAGGUCUCAAUUAGUGGUCCUGGUCUAAAAUCUCUUAAGCUAGAACAUAUGGAAGAUCUAAUCAAAGUGGAUUUAAUAGGGGUAGAAACAUUGAAGUGUCUGGAGUUAAUCCAAUGUGAUAAGUUGAAAAAAGUAUCGGCCAAUGAUCUAACCCAACUUCAAAUGUUAAGUAUAGAGAAAUGUUGGGAGAUAGAAGAGUUACCAGAUCUUAGUCAUUCCAAUUUGCUGCAGAGGAUGAGGAUCACGUGUUGCGAGGAGCUCCAAAAUAUAAGAGGUAUUCAAGAAUUAAGCUGGGGGAAGAGCAUUACCAUUACGUGUUGUCCGAAGCUGCAGAGUAUACCAGGGUUCAAAUACUUGAAGGGAUUGCAGUAUAUGAUUCUUUCGGAUGGUGGUAUUCUAAGUUUCAUUAGUGAGUUGCAGGAAUUGCCGUCAGAAUUUACAGUUGUAAUGGGGAAAGCAGCCACAUCCUUCCCGAAGGCAGAUGAAAUAACGGGUAUAGCUGAUGCUUUAUAUGAAUUUCAGUCCAGAGAAGAAGCAUACAAAAAGAUCAUUUUAUUGUCACAGAAAACACAACAGUUGUUCGGUGCAAUCAUUUUAUGCGCUAUGGUCCGCAGCGAUGAUUAUGGUUCCAAUUACAUGGUUGAGGGCAUCCCUGGUCAAACUAUAGAUCUCAGUUGGGCGGGAGGAAAACGGAUAUAUAUGAUAGUGGUAACUGGCCGAAGACAAAUAUCCAGUACAAAAAUUUUCGGCUGGAUGCCAACCUCUUGUAAAAUAGAGAAGGGGUAUUUGCUUGCAGUGAACGAAGGCCAAGAAUUGAAAACCUUAACCAUAUUGAAAAGGCUAACUGAACAACUGUGUAAGACUGAUGCUUUUAAUUAGUCUAUUGAGGUUGAAUGAAUGACUCUAAAAAGUACUGAUACAGGCAAAUGAAAGCAAACGCCAAAGCAGUUUGCUUGAGAUCCUGAAUGUUUAAAACAGGUUGAUGUAUUAUAUGCAUUGAGGAAUUUGUUUAUUGUUCAAUUUUUAAA